UGAAGAUGGAGAUGAAGCCAUGCAUCAAGAUACAGAUUUCGAUGUGGCCGAACUAAGGGAUGGUGGGAAAGUGAAGUUGAAAUGGACCCAAGAGGAGGAUGAUCUGCUGAAGGUGCUGGUUCAAAAACUGGGAAGGGAUAACUGGAAACACAUUGCUAGCUUCUUACCAAAUCACACCGAGCAGCAGUGUCAUCACCGCUGGUUUAAGAUCUUAGAUCCAGGUCUGAUCAAAGGUCCUUGGACCAAAGAGGAGGACGAGAAGGUGAUUGAGCUUGUAAAUCUGUACGGGAACAAACAGUGGGCAAUGGUAGCCCGGCACCUCAAGGGCAGGCUGGGGAAGCAGUGCAGAGAGCGCUGGCACAAUCACCUCAACCCCAACGUGAAGAAGUCAUCGUGGACCGCUGAGGAAGACCUCAUCAUUUACAAAGCUCACUGUCUGCUCGGGAACCGCUGGGCCGAGAUUGCAAAGCUGCUCCCUGGAAGGACGGACAAUGCUGUGAAGAAUCACUGGAAUUCAACUAUAAAACGCAAGCUAGAGAUGGGCUUCUAUUCCAACGAGGUUUUCCAGCCAAGUGAACGUGAAGAGCUGCUGGCAUGUAUUAAUAAAGAUGUGCAGGACUUGGAUGGCUGGUGCAACCUGACAGAGUUUGACCUGCCUGAGGACAGUCCCAGCCCCGAAUGCCAUCAGUUUCGUCUGGAGGGCAGCGCCUUGCAGGAGCUGAGCAAAGGCAGCAAGGGAGAACUCAUCCCCAUAUCCCCCGGAGGCAUCACUCCACCUUCCAUACUGUCCCGCCACAGCCGGAGGUACAUCACCUUGUCGCCAGACACCAAUCAAUCCAWGACUCCCAAGAGCACCCCUGUCAAAAUCCUGCCCUUUUCUCCAUCUCAACUUUAUAACACCUAACCACAAGUCUGAACUCUGCAUGACCCCACGAACUCCAACGCCAUUCAAAAACGCCAUGGAGAAGUACGGCCCUUUGCAGCCUCUACCUCAAACUCCAAAUCUUGAAGACGACAUAAAUGAGGUUAUCCUGAAAGACACAGGAAUCAACUUGGCUGUUGURGGUUCAUCUCCACCUGAGCAAAGGCGCAAAACAAUGCAUCGGCGUCCAAUGAAGAAAGUGCGGAAAUCGUUGGCCCUUGAUGUAAUGGAUUGUCAUGUGAAUCCUCCAUCUAAACGUAAAUCCAGCAGGACUGAACUCAAACGCACCAUAAAGACGGAACCUGUUGCAGUUUCUCUUCACUCAUCAUUUUCCAGUAGGAGGCAUGAAAGUAUUUUGAAUGAGGGAUUCCUGCAGGACCCCAGUGACAGUGCCAUAUUUCCCAGCACCUUGCCCCCAGUUCCUAUGUCGAAAGAAUGGGAGAAAGUUGUGUGCGGACAAACUAAAGACCAGCUCAUAAUGACGGAGAAGGCAAGGCGCUACCUUCGCUCCGUGAAGUCCCAYGCUCCCAACCGGGCUCUGAUUCUUUCCUGAGAUUUGAGAAUAUAUUCUCAACAACAUGUUGCUCAGUCAGGGCGUAAUGUUGCUUUUGCUCACUGGCAUAUGCAGGGUUAAUAAAAUGUUCAGGCAACAAAGAUGCACCAAUCCAAACACCGACAGUAUAAAACCCUGGCUUGUAAGAGUGGUGCUUGUAGAUGUAGUCUUUUUUCCCCCUUUUUUUUCAUUAUUGAUUAUAAUGUUAAGGCCCUGUCACACUAAAACGUUUUAGAAAACUUAUGAAAAAAAAGUCUAAAUUACUAAUAAAAGCUAAAUAUUUGAUCAAUUUGUUCACCAUGUAGUAUAAACACAACUAAAUGAGGCUUCCAGUUGAUUUUUUAAUUCCAUCUUCACUGUAGAUGUAGUGUGACAGGGCCUUCAGAAAGAACUAUGAAUGUAAAAUUAAAAAUCAAGAUUUUAAAUUUUUGCCAUCAUUGAACAGUUUUACAUAACAUAAUGUGUCUGAGAUGUGCCUUUGUAUCGUGAAUGACCAACACUCUGGUAUCAUUGCUGGAACUCUUGUCACUGUGGUUGAUCAGUAAUGCACUGAACUGAAGACGGUCUUACUGUAGUAUCUGUUUUCCAUUUAUGCAUUUAUAUUCUUUUCUCAGUUAGCAUUUUUUACAGCCUACACACCGGGGAAGCAAACAAAUUUAAAGUUUAAGAAAUCAAUAUUCUAUAAAGGUGAUCGGUUCCUUAUAAGUUUGCUAAAACCUCAGUUGUUUUUCUCCUAUAGCAGAGGUUUGUUCUGACCACUGCUGCCAGGACUGAUGGUAUUUGGCAAACUUUAAUAUAUUUAGUGUUGGAUGUUAUUUUACUUGUGCAACUGUUGGUCACAAAAUAUAAUAAAACACUGAUGUAUGUUGGAA